GCCCAUUCGAUGGUCAGGAAACAACAAUUCGAAAAAUAAGAUGAAACACACAAAUGAAAACAUUAAUAAGGUUGUUUCAUAUUCAAUUUCACCUAAAUCUUACAUUUAACAAGAUUCAGCUAACAGCUCACAAAUGGAGCGUCCCACCCGACACAGCACUGCUGUAAACUGUAACGGAGUCAACACAGACACAUUCACUUUUAGAAGGACACCUUAACCUGAGAAUAAAUAAAUAAACAAACCCCCAACUGAAUCUUAACAGUUAGAUAUAUCAAUUAUUUAAUAUAUGUGGGGACAAACUUUAUUUUCACCUAUAAGGUCAACUUGAUCUCAACUUUUCUUUUAAUAACUUGACAUCUGAAUAAGUCUUCCAUCACUGACUUUGUUGAACCAGUCCAUGAUGUAAGUGGUUAAGUUUCACAGCUUUAUAAGUGAUAUAAUGAUCAUCAGCUAUAUCCAUGGACCAGGUUGAUCUUUGAGCUCGUGCAGUGGGUGUGGCCUGCGGGCGUCAUCGCCGCAACGGAUUGGUGCUCGUGCGGAUGCGUCCGCAUGGCAACCGCGAGCUGUGUACAAGAGUCCGAGCGGAGAGGAGCGUCUUUCCUCCUCAAACACCGACACGGAUUCUAACAGUCUGUCCUCUGUCCUCCGUCUGUCCUCUGUCCGUGCCUCUGACCCGCGCGCGCGCACCUGGACGCGCGGACUGCGGAGCGGCGUGGAUGCGGCUCGUCGCUGGCGCAGACUGACAGCCGACUGGAAGCUGCCACCGCGGCAGGUCUGUAAGCAUGACGGCCGAGGAGACGAUCAACAUCAAGGAGGCCGAGGUGAUCAAGCUGAUGCUGGACUUCCUGAGCUCCAGGAAGCUGCACAUCAGCAUGCUGGCCCUGGAGAAGGAGAGCGGCGUCAUCAACGGGCUCUACUCCGACGACAUGCUCUUCCUCAGGCAACUGAUUCUGGACGGCCAGUGGGAGGAGGUGAUGCAGUUCAUUCAGCCUCUCGAAGGGAUGGACAAGUUUGAGAAGAAAAGGUUCCGCUACAUCAUCCUGAAGCAGAAGUUUCUGGAAGCUCUGUGUGUAAAUAACGCCUUGUCAGCUGUUGAAGAACCUCAAAAUCAGAUGGAGUUCACCAUGCAGGAGGCCGUCAAGUGCCUCAACAGUCUGGAGGAGUUCUGCCCGUCCAAGGACGACUACAGCAAGCUGUGUCUCCUCCUCACCCUGCCCCGCCUCACGCACCACGCCGAGUUCAGAGACUGGAACCCGAGCACGGCGCGUGUCCACUGCUUCGAGGAGGCCUGCGUCAUGGUCGCCGAGUUCAUCCCUGCGGACAGGAAGCUGAGCGAGGCCGGCUUCAGGGCGAGCGGCAACCGCCUCUUCCAGCUGCUCAUGAAAGGGAUCCUGUACGAGUGCUGUGUCGAGUUCUGUCAGAGCAAAGCAACUGGUGAGGAGAUCACAGAGGGCGAGGUGCUGCUCGGCGUGGACCUGCUCUGCGGGAACGGCUGCGAUGAGCUGGACCUGUCGCUGCUGUCCUGGCUCCAGAACGUCUCCCCGGGCGACUUCUCCUGCGCCUUCCAGCAGAAGACCCUCAAGAUCCACGUGGACCGGCUGAUGAAGCCCAGCAAGGCGGGCCACGCCGACCUCCUGACCCCGCUGAUCAACCGCCUGUCUCCCUGUCCCGCCUCGCCCUUCCGCCAGAGGCCCCAUUCGGCCGACACCUACAUGUCCAGAUCGCUCAACCCGGCCCUGGACGGCCUGUCCCACGGCUUGGCGGCGCAGGACAAGAGGAGCACGGAGGCGGACAUGAAGUCUGCUCUGAGCCGGAGCCUUGUUGAGAACAAUGUGCAUCAGCAGGAGGAUUCACCUGAGAGGAAACAACCACAGAGGCCUGAUGGUCCCAACACCACACGCACACCUCUGACUCCUGGGAAAGAUGGAGAGCCGCCCUGCAGCACAGAGACAAAUGAGUGCUGUGACUCUGAGGAGCACAUCCAGGAGUUUUACAGGCAGCACCUCCGCGUACAGCAACAUCUGGAGCAGAAGCAGCAGCAGAGGCAGCUGUAUCAGCAGAUGCUGCUGGAGGGGGGGGUGAAGCCGCAGGACCGAGCCCAGCACAACCUCACCGAGACCUUCCUGAGCAGAUCGAUACAGAAAUUGGAGGAGAUGAACGCGGGCAUUGACCACAAAGGAGAUGAGGUGAUGACCCAUCUCGGCCAGCAGUGGAACGGACUGACGGGAAGCGGCGGCGCCUCCAGUCAAGGGACCGGCAACGCCCGGCACACACCAGAGACGGGGCUGCCGAGGGACAAGCCCGGUGGAGUGAGCAGCAGCACCCCGUUGAGGACCGGGAGCCACGGCUUGCCCUCCCUCAGCGAGUCUCCAGUUCCGACCAGUCAAAGCGCUGAGAGGAUCCGAGCGCCUUGUCCCACGUCGCAAGAAGAUCCCGGCAGCUCUGCAACACGUAACACACAAGAGGUGGGGAAGUCCAAAGCCCAGUUUGUGAAAGUGAACCAGCUGGAGGACACACAGGCAGUACGCGCCGUGGCCUUCCACCCCUCGGGGGCGCUCUACGCUGUCGGCUCCAACUCAAAAACCCUGCGAGUCUGUGCCUACCCAGAAAGCCUGUCCACCAGUCCUGGUGCCGUCAAGCAGCCGGUUGUGCGCUUCCGGAGGAACAAGCACCACAAAGGCUCCAUCUACUGUGUGGCCUGGAGCCACUGUGGACAGCUGCUGGCCACCGGCUCCAACGACAAAUUUGUCAAAGUCCUGCCUUUCAACGCCGACAGCUGCAACGCCACAGGCCCGGACCUGGAGUUCAGCAUGCACGACGGCACCGUCAGGGACCUGGCCUUCAUGGAGGGCCCCGAGAGCGGAGGAUCCAUUCUGAUGAGCGCCGGAGCUGGAGACUGUAACAUCUACACCACCGACUGUCAGAGGGGACAAGGCCUCCAUGCUCUGAGUGGACACACAGGUCACAUCCUGACUCUGUACACGUGGGGGGGGUGGAUGAUCGCCUCCGGCUCCCAGGACAAGACGGUGCGUUUCUGGGACCUGCGGGUCCCGAGUUGUGUCCGGGUGCUGGGAACCACGCUGCACGGCUCAGGCAGCGCCGUGGCUUCAGUGGCGGUGGAUCCCAGCGGCCGCCUGCUGGCCACUGGUCAGGAGGACAGCACCUGCAUGCUGUACGACAUCCGAGGAGGACGCAUCGUGCAGACGUAUCGACCGCACGGCAGCGACAUCCGCUCGGUGCGCUUCUCCCCCGGAGCCCACCAUCUCCUGACCGGCUCCUACGACAACAAGAUCAUCAUCAGUGACCUGCAAGGUGACCUGACAAAGCCCCUCCCCCAGACAGUGGGGGGGGAGCACGGUGACAAGGUGAUCCAGUGUCGGUGGCACCCCAACGAUCGAACCUUCAUCUCCUCCUCUGCAGAUCGAACCGUGGUCCUCUGGGCUCCGGGCUCCUGAGGGCCACAGACACACACUGGUGAACACACAGCGUUCGGCCCUGUGUGGGAUCACUUAGUGCUUCACGGUGUGUUUGUGUGUGUUUGUGCAUGUUCACAUGCAACCACAUUGUGAGCAUCAAUCCGUGUAUGUUGCACAGUUUAAAGGUGUGUGUAUGUGUUUGUGUACGUUCUGUGACUGAACAUUUUUAAGGUGGAAAAUUCGGUCACACUCGCACAUUGUGAGCGUCAAUCUGUAUAUGUUGCAGAGCUUAAAGGUGUGUGUGUGUGUGUGUGUGUGUUUGUAUACAUUGUGUGACUGAAACAUUUUUAAAUUGGAAAAUAAAAUCCCUAUUAUAAAAAAAAGUUGAAGUAAAGGAGAAGCUAAGUAAAUGAGCUAACGAUGUUUUGUGAGUUUAAAUGCUUAAAAUAUUCAGUGUGUGUGCGUGUCUGUCUGUCUUCCUGUGUGUGUGUCUGCGUGUGUGCAUGUUUCUUUGUGUGUUGGGGCUUUGUAGAGCGUACAGAUGAAAGUGCACAGUUGUAGUUAGAGCAGAGAGGUGACUGAUAUGCCUGAAGCUGAAAGGCAUGAGUUAGUUCCCUGCGAGCACACGUUCAGGUUAGUUUAGUUAUUUCCUCUCAAUGUUAAACCUCAUGUGAAUCAGCCGGACGCUCACUUCAGAAGUGACGCAGUUCAUGAAGCUGUGACCUGGACUCAUGUGGUGGAAGGGAGCCACGUUCGGUUAUGCAUAUCAUAAUGUGCCUUUGUAGACUGAUAGACUUAUUUAUUUAUUUGCAGCUUUAUCCUCAUACGCCUUUUCUCAUGUGUAGAAAAUGUGCGCACACGUGUAUAGAUUCAAGUUUUUUUCACCACAUCUGUUGUUGAGAGUGAAUUCGCACUUUGCACAAAUGCUGGAUGUUCAGUUUGUUCAGGUUUGGAAUAACAGCGGUGAACAAAAAUGUAUUUUAAAUGUGUAUCAACCCAAAAAAGGAUUUCAGACUAAAUUAAUUAUUUGCUACACAAAAAUGAGAAGUCAGUGUUGGAAACUCAAUCAGGCUGCACCAAAUGUCACACACUCGUAGAUAUCAGUUCCCCAAAUAUGCCUGAUUGUUUUUUUCAGCAAGAUCCACGACCUAUUCUUUGUGAAAUCAGGAAAAUGUUGAAAAAUUGCCCAUCACACAAUUUUAAACAAAGGAAUAAUAUUUCUGGAUCUUCUUUAAAAUUGAAAGGAUACCUCUCUCGCCCGUACCACAUCCUUCCGACCAAUCAUUUUAGCUUAAUCUUGCUCACGAACAAACCAACCAAGCAACAAACAAACAAACAAACAAACAGACCGACAGAGGUGAACAUGAGAGAAGAGGUUGGGAAACUGAUCUGAGGACAACAGUCAUGAUGCACUUUAAACUAAGAGAUGCUGCUAAACUGUGAAGAGUGAAAUGAUCCAGGCACAUUAUUUACUUUAACAAGGAAGAUUUUAUUUUUAUUCUCACUUUUCACUCACCUACACAGACACCUGAUGCAUGAGAGAGACAAGACGACACAGUCAAGUUAUGAAUCAUAUUUGACCUGAUCUGUGGCCCAAUGACAAAUUCAGCCUCGUUGUCCAACUGUGUGGCUUUAUGAAAAAGUUUGUUGAAGGGGUCACUGGGCGUCAAACUGUUAAAUCCAAUAAAAGUGUUGUUCUUGCUUUUGAAAUUAAAUAAAGUAUUUUUAAGUUACA